GAAAUUUUUAAUUAUUUUUUUAAAGAUGUGUUGAGAUUUUAUUUAAGUUUUAUUAUUUUUUAUAUUACUUUAAUAAUGUCAAAUGGCACACAAACAGAUUUUACUGUUGAUGAGAAAUUCAUGCCUGCUACUGAAGAUGCCUCUACAGAAUUAUUUGAAGGAAUUGAUGAAGUUUAUUUUUCAGAAAUUGGAUUUAAAGCAAUUAACCACGAAUUGGAGAAACUUUGUGAUACUUUAUUUGAAACAGAAGAUUUACAAAAAGAAAUGUUUAAAUUAAAAAAACAAAUGCAACUUGUAUCAAAAAAGAUAACUUCUUUUGUUGCAAAAAAUUCUUUAGAAUUUAAUAGAAAUGUUGAAAAUUUGGAUGUUAUCCAAAAAGAAGGAGAAACACUUUUAAAUUUAAUUAAACAAUUGAGAAGAUUAGUAAAUUAUUGUCACAAAAAAUGUCGAGCAUCUUCUACUGUUCUUGCUAUAGAAUUUAAACGACAAAAAAUGCUUAAAAUUAAAGAAGAAAUGGCUAAUAUACAAAAACUUUACAAAACUGAAUUUAAAUUGAAAGAAUUAAUUGAAGGGGCUUCAGCUCCUCCUGGAUACGCCCUUGAUAAUUCUUUAUUAAUUUUGAAAUUUAAGGAAGGCAGUAUAUUUACAUUUGUUCAAUUGGCUGUUGAAACAAUUACUGAAAUAAAUAAAUAUAUUAAAUAUUCAUCAAUCAAACAAUUAUCAUCAAAUAUUUUGGCUAUUUUAAAAAAAGAAAUUUUAAGAAUUGAUAAAUUAUUAGAGGAACAAGUGUGCUCAUUUCAAUUAAAACAUUAUUUUUAUAUUUAUUCCGUUUACGAAUUAAUUGGAAAUUUGGAGGAAACAUCUCGAAAAUUACAAAGUUAUUUUAAAUUGGCCUUUCAAAAUUCUUCACAGACAUCACUUGCUGCAAUUUGUAUAAAUUCAAUGGAAAAUCAUCAAUCAAUGGAUGAUAAAAUUGAUUAUUUAGAAUUGUGCAAGUUUGUAAACCAAAAAUCUUUUACUCGAGCACUUAUUGAGGUUGGCAAUUCACUCAUCAAUAUUCUUGCAAAUUAUCAUUUAAUUUUAAAAUUUCAUAUAGAAGAGGAUAAAAAGAAGGCUAUUUCUAAUGAAAAUGACUCAGAAAUUUCUGAAUGUUUUGAUGCGCAAAUUAUAGAUAAAGGAGUUCUUCAAAAAUCAAUGCUUGACAAUCUAUUUCAAAUUUUUGAUUAUUCAGCUACCUUCUACAACGAUCUUCUCUCUAGUAUGGAUCUUGAACAUUUGAAAAUUGAUCAAUUUAUAAGAAUUAUGGAAAUUUCAGAAAGGUUUCGAUUAUUUGGACAACGACAUUUUGGCAAUUCUUGCUCAUUAAUAGCAUUAACACUAGAAAAUAAAUCAAAAUCUUUUUUUGCCCACUACCACAUGGAAAGAAUUGAUGAAAUACAUAUGUUUUUAGAAAGUGAAACAUUCACCCUUUGUCCUGUGUCUGUACAAUUUACUCUUUUUGAUUUACCAGUAAGUUUAUUUAUUUUUCUAUUGUAUAUUCUUCAUUAA